GUGGGAGGAUGAGGAAUUAUCCUUUGUGUGAUUUGUUUUUUAUCAUCUUCACCGCGCUUACCAACAUCAUUCCGUGAUCCUUACGGUAGAAGUUUGACAAGUUGCAUCAUGCGCGUGGAAGAAUAUUAAUCCUCUUGGCUUUUGAAAAGUCCGAAGCUUGACUCUAUGAUUUUGAGAAUGGUCAGUUUCUUCUUCUCCUGGUUAGCCUCUUGUUUAAAUCAUAGCCAUAUACCCAUAUGUACUGGAUCUGUAUUUUUCUCUGUAAAAAAAAAAAAAAAAAAAAAAGGAAGCCAAAAUGAAGGAAAGCAUAGUAUUAUACCCUGCUCCUGUUUUCCACCACAUGGUCUCCAUGGUGGAAUUGGGAAAGCUAAUCUUGCGACACCACCAUGACUUGUCAAUAACAAUCUUGGUCCCAACUGGGGCGUUGGACGCAGCAGCAACAUCUUCAUACAUCCACCAACUCUCCCAAACCGAUCUUCCAAUAUCCUUUUUCACCCUCCGAUCCAUCCAAUUUCCUCAAUCCCUUCCCCAAAACCGAUCAGCUGCCGCGUUCCAAUCCAUCCAGCUCAAUGCUGAGGCUGUGGUUGAUGCCCUCGGAACCAUUUCUGCCACCUCAAAAGUCCUUGCUCUCAUAACCUCGGCAGUCCAUUCCUCCUACCACCCUCACAUCCCAACUUAUUAUUACUUUUCAUCUUGUGCUUCUACUCUUGCCUUCUUCCUCCAUCUGCCUACCAUCCAUAACCAGACGAGUAAGAGCUUCAAGGACCUCAACGACACCGUCUUCCAUCUUCCUGGACUGCCACCUAUCAAGGCAUCGGACAUGCCCGAUCCUGUUCUUGAUCGAAAUCAGCCUCCCUACCAUUACUUUAUUCACUAUGCUUCUUGCCUUCCCAAUUCAAAGGGAUUCAUAGUAAACACUUUUGAAGCGCUUGAGUCGCAAGCAAUCAAGGCUAUAACCGAUGGUACUUGUGUUCUGGAUGGUGGGACUCCUCCAAUAUAUCAUAUCGGGCCAUUGAUCACCGAUUCCAAAGUUAGAGCUAUCGGGUAUGAAGAUUUGUCGACCGAGUGUUCGACAUGGUUGGAUGCUCAGCCUAGUCAAAGUGUUGUGUUCUUGUGCUUUGGAAGUAAGGGUGUGUUGUCUGAAGUGCAAUUGAAGGAGUUGGCUAUGGGAUUGGAGAGGAGCAGCCAUAGAUUCUUGUGGGUGGUGAGGAAUCCGAAGAAUUUAGAAAUGAUACCUGACUUGGAAGUGUUACUGCCAAAGGGGUUCUUGGAGAGAACCAAAGAUAGAGGUUUGGUGGUGAAGUCGUGGGCUCCACAGUCUGCUAUUCUGAGCCAUGAAUCGGUAGGCGGGUUCGUGACUCACUGCGGGUGGAACUCAGUGGUGGAAGCGGUGAGUUAUGGUGUGCCAAUGGUAGCGUGGCCUUUGUAUGCUGAGCAGAAGAUGAAUAGCGUGGUCUUGGUGGAGGAAAUGCGGCUGGCAAUAGCACUUGAGAAGGUGGCAGAAUCAUCAUCAUCAUUAUCUUCUUCUUCUUCUUCUACAAAAGAAGAGAUGGUGAGUGCAGAAGAGUUGAAAAAAAAGGUGAGAGAAUUGAUGGGACAGGAGGGACAAGGUCUUAGAGAAAGGAGUUUGGCAAUGAAAUCUAUGGCUAUGGCGGCUUGGUCAAUGGAUGGUUCAUCCUUGUCUUCCUUAUCAAAGAUGGUAGCUUCAUGGAAACAAGGACAUUGAUUCUUAUCACUGUAAUAAUUCCCUGGUUGAAUUUUUUGUCUGUUGGAAGUUGGAACUUUUGUGGAUAUAAAGCUUUAUUUUUAUUUUACAUUAUUUUACUGAAAUAAAGCUUUAAAUUGGGUUGGUUUGA